AUGGCACGAGCUGCCUGCGGAAGCUUCUCCCAGGUCCUCUUCAGAUUUAUGAGGACAUCAAGGGCUCUGACACUGUGGAAGUUUCCUGGUUUUAUGGGAACCCAGCACAACACCUGUAUGGACGCCUCUCUGCAUAAUACAGAAAGGCUUGGUGGCGUUUAUCUUGAGAGGACUGGUUGUGGCAGUUAUUACUAUUCAUCAAUAUUUACUGCACCUCUGGAACUGAAGAAGACUAAGAGCUCCCUCCUCUCGAGCUUCUCCCCGGGGCGGCCGCGCGGGAGGGAGGCCGAGACGGCAGAUGAGAUCGCCAAAGCACAGGCCGCACGGCCUGGUGGCAACACGAUCUUCGGGAAGAUCAUUCGCAAGGAAAUCCCAGCCAAAAUCAUUUUUGAGGGUGACCAGUGUCUUGCUUUCCAUGACAUUUUCCCUCAAGCACCAACUCAUUUUCUGGUGGUACCCAAGAAACCUAUAUCUCAGAUUUCUGUAGCAGAAGAAGAUGAACGUCUUCUUGGACAUUUAAUGAUUGUUGGCAAGAAAUGUGCUGCUGAUCUGGGCCUGAAGAAGGAUUAUCGAAUGGUGGUGAAUGAAGGUUCAGAUGGGGGACAGUCUGUCUAUCAUGUUCAUCUCCAUGUUCUUGGAGGUCGGCAGAUGAAUUGGCCUCCUGGUUAAGCAUGUUUUAGGGAUAAUUUUCCCUUCUCUGGGCAAUGGUCAAUAUUUCCCAGUUCCAGUAUGUUAAACAGUAUACUUACUUUUGUCUGUGUAUGGAGAGAUUGAGGAAAUAAUUUUUAAAACCCAUACAAAAUAAAAGACAAUGUUGCAUGGU